AGCGGUUGAUCGAUCUGUGCCAAUCGAAUUCCACACCGUUCGUUCCAAGAAUCUGCGUAGUCACGGGUGUCCGAAAAAUGACGAGACUAGCGCUAGUGGUUCUCGUUCUCUUUUCACUGUCGAGCGGAACACGAGGGUGGAACCUGGAGCGAAUCGUUGGCGGUGAGGCGGCAGCCGAUGGUGAAUUCCCGUGGCAAGUGUCCCUCAGGAAUUCCGGUCGUCACUUUUGCGGGGGAAGCCUGAUAUCCCUGCAACACGUCCUGACCGCCGCGCACUGCAUGGUGACCAAGGAGAUCGACGCGAUAACCGUGAUAACGGGGACCACCAGUUUGGCAAGCGGUGGCGAGACCCACGCGGUCAAGAAUAUAACGUGGCACUCUAGCUACGAAGCUCGGAUUCCUAUCGCUACGACGUCUCCGUCCCAAACCUCUCAGCUCCAGGCCGCGAUCACGGAGUCCGAUGUCCAGCGGCCCAUCGCCCUGGCCACCGAGGACCCACCCGUCGGUGCUGAGGCCGUUGUUUCGGGCUGGGGCCGAGUCCUCUAUCCAAGCAGUUCGCUGCCCACCGCUCUCCAAAAGAUGAGCCUGAUGUUGAUAAACACGACCGAGUGCCAGAGUUACUGGAGCUUGACGAUCUACGACGACCACGUAUGCGGGAUCAAGGAGUACGGAGUCGACGUCUGCAACGGCGACAGUGGUAGUCCUCUCGUGUACAACGACCAAGUCGUCGGCAUCGUCUCCUGGGGAAAUCCCUGCGCUAACGGAGUCCCCGACGUCUAUACGAGGGUCUACAGCUACCUCAGUUGGAUCGGUGCCAUCGUCUACAAUACGGAAGUCGCGAAGGACCAGGAGACCGGGCUGCAUUUUGACCUAGAGACGUAGGGUCGUGUUUUGAUGAUGGGCAAAGUCCGGCCCCGCCGUUAUCAGCUUUUGAUUUAAUCCCAACGAAGGCAUUUUAACCGAUUCACAUUUCGACUGUCUAGGUUCGCGUAUUACGAUAAUGCGUAUCUUCUAAUUAGCGAACAACAUCGGACCGCGGACAGCGACCGAUAUUGUCUGUUGUGUAACAAAUUUUGAGGAAAUAAAUUAUAUACCUUUCCUCUUAUCGCGCUCAAUUCAGCGAGCAUGAGAACUGUGUCAGAAUUUGCUUACCGCAGGUUAUUAACCAAUCUUCAAGUUAUUUUCUAUUGCUGUAUAUGAAUUAAAUAAGCUCGGAAUUAAAUGUCCAUCCAUCAUAAACGCAGACUUUUUUCAUCCGA